AUGCACUUCAGGAAUAUUGCUCUGGCUGUAAGCCUCGCAAGCCUCGGUUUUGCCGCUCCUCUGCAGAGCAAGUCUUCCGUAUAUAGCACUGUUACCUCUGGCAAUGAAGACCUCUCUUCAAUUGUCAACUCUGCCUAUGGCAAGUACAAGGAGGAGCGGGCUACAUCUGAUGAAGAUGUCUCCUCCAUUGUGAACUCCGCCUACGGUAAAUACAAGGAGGAGCGCGACGCACCCAACGAGGAUGUAUCUUCCAUUGUCAACUCUGCCUACGGCAAAUACAAGGAGGAGCGCGACGCACCCAACGAGGAUGUAUCUUCCAUUGUCAACUCUGCCUACGGCAAAUAUAAGGAGGAGCGGGACACACCCAACGAGGAUGUAUCUUCCAUUGUCAACUCUGCCUACGGUAAAUACAAGGAGGAGCGCGACGCACCCAACGAGGAUGUAUCUUCCAUUGUCAACUCUGCCUACGGCAAAUAUAAGGAGGAGCGCGACGCACCCAACGAGGAUGUAUCUUCCAUUGUCAACUCCGCCUACGGCAAGUACAAGGACACAGCUUAA